UGCCGGGCAGCCCCGGCCCGUGCUGUCCCCUAGCGCUGGCCUAGGUUGCCCGGCGGCAGCCGCUACAGCGCCCCCGCGCAGGCUCGGGCUCCGGCCCCAACCCGCUUCCUGCUGCCGGGGGCGGGACCAGCCGCGCCUCCAGUUGCAUCAGCUGCCAGAGCCGGCUGGGCCUGCGCGUGGCCUCGCUCCGACCGGCAUCCGGGCCCGGCUGCGUGCGGGGAGCGGCAUGGCGGCGGCAGGGAGCCAGAUAGCUGCUGGGGAAGAAAAGAAGGAAUGGGGAAAGAAGAAAAUGAAAGAAGGAUCUGGUGAUGGGGGUUGCACAGAGCUGAAUCCCUGGCCUGAAUAUAUCAAUGAGCGUCUAGAGAGGUAUCAUAAACUUAAAGCAGAACAUGAUGCGCUUCUAGCAGAAAGAGCUGCAAAAGACAGCAAACCCAUUAAAGUCACAUUACCUGAUGGCAAACAGGUUGAUGCUGAAUCCUGGAAGACCACUCCUUAUCAAGUUGCUUGUGGAAUUAGUCAAGGUUUAGCUGACAACACCGUUAUUGCUAAAGUGAACAAAGUGGUUUGGGAUCUAGACCGUCCCUUGGAGGAAGACUGUACCCUGGAACUGCUCAAGUUUGAAGAUGAAGAUGCUCAAGCAGUAUACUGGCACUCAAGUGCUCACAUAAUGGGUGAAGCUAUGGAGCGAAUCUAUGGUGGAUGUUUAUGCUACGGCCCACCAAUAGAAAAUGGAUUUUAUUAUGACAUGUACCUCGAGAAUGGAGGUGUGUCCAGUAAUGAUUUCUCUGCUUUGGAGACCUUAUGCAAGAAGAUCAUGAAGGAAAAACAACCAUUUGAAAGACUGGAAAUUAAGAAGGAAACUCUACUUGAAAUGUUUAAGUAUAAUAAGUUCAAGUGUCGGAUCUUGAAUGAAAAAGUCAACACUCCAACGACUACAGUGUACAGGUGUGGUCCCUUGAUAGAUCUGUGCAGGGGCCCUCAUGUCAGACAUACCGGCAAAAUAAAAGCAUUAAAAAUCCAUAAGAAUUCCUCAACAUACUGGGAAGGCAAGUCUGAUAUGGAAACCCUCCAAAGGCUUUAUGGAAUUUCAUUCCCAGAUGUAAAAAUGUUAAAGGAAUGGGAGAAGUUCCAGGAGGAGGCUAAAAAUCGAGAUCACAGAAAGAUUGGACGGGACCAGGAACUAUAUUUCUUCCAUGAGCUCAGUCCUGGCAGUUGUUUUUUCUUGCCAAAGGGAGCUUACAUCUAUAACACGUUAAUUGAAUUCAUUAGGAGCGAGUAUCGGAAGCGAGGAUUCCAGGAGGUUGUCACUCCAAACAUCUACAACAGCAAAGUCUGGAUUACAUCAGGGCACUGGCAGCAUUACAGUGAAAACAUGUUUUCAUUUGAGGUGGAGAAGGAAAUCUUUGCUCUGAAGCCCAUGAACUGCCCAGGACACUGCCUUAUGUUUGACCAUCGACCAAGAUCGUGGCGUGAGUUGCCGCUGCGUAUGGCAGAUUUUGGAGUUCUCCAUCGUAAUGAGCUGUCAGGAGCCCUUACAGGACUUACUAGAGUACGGAGGUUCCAGCAGGAUGAUGCUCACAUAUUCUGUGCCAUGGAGCAGAUUGAAGAGGAGAUAAAGAGCUGUCUGGAGUUCUUGCAAGCUGUGUAUGGUGUGUUUGGAUUUUCCUUCAAACUGGACCUCUCCACUCGUCCUGAAAAGUUCCUUGGAGAUAUUGAAGUGUGGAAUCAAGCUGAAAAGCAACUUGAAAACAGCCUCAAUGAAUUUGGUGAGAAGUGGGAUUUGAACCCUGGGGAUGGAGCUUUCUAUGGACCUAAGAUUGACAUUAAGAUUAAAGAUGCCAUUGGCCGAUACCACCAGUGUGCUACAAUCCAGCUAGAUUUCCAGCUCCCAGUCAGAUUUAACCUUACCUUUGUGAGCCAUGAUGGUGAUGACAAGAAAAGGCCAGUUAUUAUUCACCGAGCCAUCUUAGGAUCUGUGGAAAGAAUGAUUGCUAUCCUAACCGAAAACUAUGCAGGCAAAUGGCCUCUCUGGCUGUCUCCUCAGCAAGUGAUGGUGGUGCCGGUGGGACCAACAUGUGAUGAAUAUGCACAAAAGGUCAGACAGCAGUUCCAUGAUGCUGGAUUAAUGUCUGAUGUAGAUGUGGAUCCUGGAUGUACACUGAACAAGAAGAUCAGAAAUGCUCAGCUUGCACAGUAUAAUUUUAUCCUAGUUGUUGGUGAAAAGGAGAAGGCGAGUGGAACAGUUAAUAUCCGUACUCGAGAUAACAAGGUGCACGGUGAACGAACAGUUGCUGAUACGGUGGAGAGGCUGCUACAGUUGAAACGCUGUCGAUGCAAACAUGCUGAAGAAGAAUUCUAACAUUUUAUUUCCCAACCUGGUUUAGUGUAAACAGGAUGAUCGGUUUUAUAAAGCAUUAAAUCAUAUUGUAACAUCUUAUUUGCGCUAGGUUGAUUUUGAAAUAGAUCUUCAAAUGAGCCAACAAAAAUCAACCAUGAAACAUCUUUCUAUAUAUUCAGACAUUACAUGUGUCUAUGGAAAGCCCAUUUUAUACAAAUGAUGCAGCAAAGCUUCUUGGUAUCUGAUCACAAAAAAUGAAGCCAGGUGACUAAGGCUUGAUAUGAAUUGAGGGAAAAUGGAAUUGUUAAUGAAGGAUUAAAAUAUUGUACUAGUACUUUAAUAUUGUUCUAAGACUACCAAGAAAAAUAAAAUUUUGGUAACCGUGUCUUUCAUAA